UGAUUAUUUUAAGAGUUUAAAUAAUUUAAUUUUAACGCGUUGACGAGCAAGCAUUUUUUUAGUUUUUAAAAGCUUAUCAAUUAUAGCUGUGAUUUUCUUACAUUUACAUAAUUAUAUAUGUUGUUUUUGUGAAUAUAAAGUUUUAAUAUGUCGCGAAAUAUAAUGUCAGCGUCUUCGUCGUCGUCUGCAUAUUUGACAGGGAAAAGAUGUACGGACGGUCAUGUUGAGUUUGACAUCUGGAAUCUCAUCAACCGUAAGACACAAGAGAACGCGUUCUGUAUGACGUCAAAGUUUCGUAUUGGUGCAAAAAUACAUCGAAUAAGUACGACAAAGGUUCAUCGUGAACGUCACUCCAUGGAAGAGUUGAAAACCGUGCAUGAUGACGUCACGUCGUCAUCGUCGUCAGACUGCAGUCAAGAUUGGAAUGACUUCGAUGAUGAGGAAGAUGAUUUGGUUGACUUGUACAGAAUGAUACAAUCGAAGCCAACGCUGUCGGCUGCCGCGGGAAGCAUUGUCACACUGACAAAAUCCUACAAUAUCAAUAGACCAUUCUCCGGAAUCGAGUCAGACGUGGUGUCGGAAAUAUCAGAAAAGGGUACUCGGGCGCAAAAGCUGUACUUAAAACGUUGUGCAGAUUUUCUAAUAACGCCGUCAAAGAUCUUUUUAAAGGCACUUCCCGCUGUUGUAGUUGACAUUGCACAUCAGAACAUUGGUCCUAAAGGUGCAGAGGCCUGCGCAAUCGCUUUAUCGCAAACAAGGUCAGUUCGUGUUGUAAACAUGAACGAUAAUGCCAUCGGUCACAGAGGUGCCAAGUUCAUGGCCAUGAUGCUGAAAGAGAACAAACAAAUAAAAGAACUGUCUCUCUCGGACAACAAUAUUGGUUCUCGAGGAGUGAAGUAUAUCGUCAACAUACUGAUGGAAAAUGACAUUGUACAGAAACUAGAUCUCUCAAACAACGGUUUCAAAGACAAAGAUGCUGUUUUAUUCAAACAACUCCUUGAGGAAACGAGAAAUUUACGUUACUUAAACCUCAGCUAUAACUUCCUCCGGGAAGAGGGGGAUAAUACCUCGCUGAAAAAGCUGACAUUGGGAUGGAACGGGUUUUACCUGGAGGGGUGUAUAGCGCUACAGAAAAGCUUGUUGUACAACACCACCUUAGAAGUCCUUGACCUUACCAAUAAUAGGAUCAAUAGAGAAUGUAUCGAACAACUUACGUACGGUCUAGCAAAGAACUCAACUGUUCAUACCCUUAUUUUGAAGUUUAACCCGUUGACAAGUGAUGGGGUAAAUGAUGUGUUGCAGUUUCUUGUUGAUAAUCCGAUAUCUGGAAUUAAACUUCUGGAUGUAGGGAUACAGCAAGUUGACCAAAAUGCUCUAGCUCUUAUCAACGAGGUUCAUCUACAGGGGCGAGAGUUGAAGGUCAUUCAUGGUCGGGUGAUAGGUCAAUUAAAGUCAAAGGGUCCGGAACUGGAAAAGUCACUCAUAGAGGAGCACCCAGCACUUGUAUUGAUCGAGUUUGGUAAAUUGAUGGGAUUUCGUCUAGUCGACCUAUUCUCGUCACUGGAUAAAGAUGGGAGUCGGACGCUCGACCGAGAUGAAAUAAGAUCAGGUCUAAAGCUUGCCAACGUUCCGUUUAGCGAUGACUGUAUAGAUAUUUUGAUAAAGAAACUCGAUAUUAAUGGUGAUGGAGUGAUUGAUUUCAGUGAGCUUUUGGUUGCGCAACAACAGCAUCGUGACGCGAUUGUACGAAUGAAAGAGGCGGAGCAAAGCGAAGGGGCGAUACGAAUGGAAGACACACCUUUGUGGCGAAUACGUACACGCCUUAUGAAACUUAUGGCAGAGAAAAUGUCCGACUAUGCAUCUUUCAAGCGUAUAUCAGACAGUAUUGCUAAACACGUUCAGAAGAAGAAUGACGAACUAGAAGCUCGUCGCGAAGCCAUCACGAAAGAAAGAGCACGUCGACCACGCAAAGUCCGUUCUAGGCCAACUUCUUCGUCCCAGCCAAUACCUGUUAUUAAAACAACAAAUACUGACAAAGAUCCUGACGUGGAGACAUCCGAUAAUAACCAUGCUCACGAAGACACCGAAGAUGUCAAAGUCGUAGACGUGGAGGACGACGAUGUAACUGGGGAGGUUGAUAUUGAACUAGAAUUAGCUGAUGAAAACGUAAAGAGAGGUGAACAAAAACACAUCAAAGAGGAGAAGUCAACAAUGGCUGAUGUUAAAGAGCGUUUAAGAAAGCAUUCUAUACAGCUGCCUGUACGAAGUUCUGAUUAUUUAAGUUUAUCAAGUGGGAAACCGUGUAAGGAUUAA